CAGGCGUAGUACAAGCACUCUCUUACGUAGACGAUCCAGAAGGAGAGAGCUGAUACAACAACACGGUUGAUCUGCUCAGCAAAAUCUACCUGCUUUCUGAACCAUGUCGUUGAGCCCAAAGCAUACAACGCCGUUCUCAGUGACAGAUAUUUUGAGUCCUAUCGAGGAAACAUACAAGAAGUUUGGUGGCAUGGACGGAACAGGGAACCUAAACUCUCCAUUGGGAGCUUACCGACAGCCCCAGGUGUCUCAGACUGGCAUGCAGCAGCAGCACUCCAUGGGCCACAAUGCUACCGUGUCGACCACCUACCACAUGCCACACACUGUCUCCCAGUUUUCGCACAGCGCUAUGGGGGGAUACUGCAAUGGAAGCAUUGGCAAUAUGGGAGACCUCCCGUCGUACCAGGAAACCAUGAGAAAUAGCGCAGCAGCAACAGGGUGGUAUGGCGCCAAUACUGAUCCAAGAUAUUCAACAAUUUCUAGAUUCAUGGGACCUUCCACAGGUAUGAACAUGACUGGAAUGGGGACCCUGACGGGCAUGGCGGACGCUUCCAAAUCUAUGCCACCUCUGCAUGCAGCGCCCAGACGAAAACGUCGGGUACUCUUCUCCCAGGCUCAGGUGUACGAGCUGGAAAGGAGAUUUAAGCAACAGAAAUACCUCUCUGCGCCUGAGCGGGAACACCUGGCGAGUAUGAUUCACCUGACGCCGACUCAAGUUAAGAUUUGGUUUCAGAACCACAGGUACAAGAUGAAACGACAGGCCAAGGACAAAGCGGCCCAGCAGCUGCAGCAGGACAGCAACCUUUGUCAACAACAGCAGUCCCCGAGGCGCGUGGCAGUUCCUGUUCUAGUAAAGGACGGUAAACCGUGUCAGAACGGCUCAAACACGCCAACACCGAACCAGCAGCAGGUGCAGCAACAGCAGCAACAACAGGUACAGCAGCAACAAAACGGACCAGGGGUCGUGCUCCCUGCCUCCAGUAAUGCCAUCAAUCAACAUCACAGUCAGCAGGUCAACGCCUUGGUUCAGGCCCAAGACCUGGAUGAGAUGUCACCUAGCCCCCCCUCACUCCACAGCCAGAUAAACAUGUCUCAGAUUGACACGUCUGCUGUAGACUACACCAAUAACAUGGUCAGUUCAAACCUCCUUUACGGCAGAACGUGGUAGGACCUACUGCAAUUUUUUUUCCAUUUUUAUAUGUUAACCUGCGGAUGGGCCCCUAAUGAAACAAGAAAUAUAUCAUGUUGAUACAAACAACUGUGAGAAAAUGGCGCCCUUAUUGGCUAAGAGGACAGCGCGCUUUAGGCGCAUCAGCUGGUCAGGGCACAUUUUCUUGACAUUUCUGAGAGGGAGACUAUUUUUGAACAUUACGCGAAAUGGCUGCCCUUGAAAACGAUUAUGUCGAUUCUGGACCUUUUUGUAAUCAAUGUUAUGGACUCCCUCAUGAUGUUAAAGUAGUCAAUGUUGUUGAACGCGAAUGCUGCUCCACUUUAGGGGACUGGGGGAAAUGGAGGCUAUAGGUGGGAUCAGGUAUGCUAUGGAUUUCUCUCAAGGUACUAACCACCUCCUUUGCGGUGAAAACCUGGUAUUUUAUGCUAUUAAUAUUGUAAACUAAUGUAUUCAUUUAGACUUAAAGAAAGUAGGAACUGUAUAUUUGGCUAACACACAAGAAUGCGUUUACCUGUAUAAUACUUGUUUUACGUCGACUUUUUGUUUUCUUUAUUCUUUUGUAAGUUAAAACGAACAAAUG